AUGUUUUUCAGCAACAUUAUUAGUAGUGUACUCACGCGCCUAGUAGUAAGCAGUAUGAAACAAACACACAAACACAGGUACAGUACUCGUACUAGUCAAAACUAUACCGACGCUAACAGAAAACCGUACACAUUGCGGUACGCACCGAAAGAUGUGAAGGAGCAGGAGUCGAAGGUAAUAUCGACUAUCCGUAAGGAUGCAAAAGCGAUAGCAGUGGCAAAGCUACAGGCAGGUGAAGUGAUUGCAAUUCCUACAGAUACCGUGUAUGGGCUUACCUGCAGUGCCAACAAUCCGGAAGCAAUACACCGGUUGUACAAUAUUAAGGGCCGGCAUGAGCUAAAACCCGUCGCCAUAUGUGUGGCCAGCAUAGAGGAUGUGCGGCAGUGGGGCGAAACGGACCAUCUAAAUGAUGAGCUUUUGGGUGAACUUUUCCCCGGAGCGGUAACGCUCGUGGUGCGAAGAUCGUCGAAAUUAAACAAUCCCGCGCUGAACCCGGGUGUGGCAAACAUUGGCAUAAGAAUUACGGAAAACAAAUUCAUACAGCAUGUGUGUGAAGCGUUUCAGCAGCCGAUAGCACUGACCAGUGCUAACAAAAGCUCCAGCAAAAGCACUCUGAAUGUGGAAGAGUUUAAAGAACUGUGGGGUGAGCUGGGGGCCGUGUUCGAUGGAGGUCAGUUAGGUUUGUCGGAGGAGCAAAGGGCCGCGUCCACGGUGAUUGAUCUAUCCGAACCGGAGCGCUACAAGAUCAUUCGUUGGGGUGUUUCAGUGGAAAAAAUUAUUAAAACAGUUGAAAGGCAUAACUUUCGAGCAGUGGAGUAGCAGAGUGUUUGGUCAUAUAUGUUUGUCAUAUAAUAACAGCGCAUAGUUCGAACACACUCGAACAAAAUCGAACAAUGCUAUGCACUUUCCCGGCUCUUCCAGUAUUGCAGUUACACUAACAUGCAUGGUUCAAUAGAAACACUAAUUAAAAGAGCAAAAAAACAUGGUUCCUCCUGCUGUCCUUUGACCAGUAAAAUCAAGCGUAUCUAACCCGGCUUUACUUAAUAAAAUGUUAAAAUAAAACAACAGGCACUAAA